AUGUCUUUACCUCUCCUGUCAUCUCUUUCUAAAGCUUUCCAGGAGGAGGUAAGAAGGCCAACAAGUGCCUUUGAAAAGUCUGCCUUACCCGUUGAACCAGUUCACAAGAAUCACUAACAGCAUCCAAGGGUGUUAAGGAAGAUGUACAUGCCUGUUGCGAGGGGUCUUGAGAGCAGUCAUGGCUUUUCCAGCUUUGAAGAGAAAAACAGUAAUUCUUUCCCUAAAUUUUAUCUACUCACCUCUCCUGUAGGGGUGAAUUACCCUUUAUUCCCACACCAGGAUGUUAUACCCUUAAUAGGUCCCUGCUCAGGUUCUGUGAGUCCAAUAGCAGAUGCUGAACAGCAGCCCAGUGUUGGAAGAGCUAUUGAAUCCCUGGUAGACUACAGUGAUAUGAAACCUCACCUGGUCCCCACAGGAGGCCUCCAGGAGGAAACCAGCCAGAACAGAUAUGGUUGUGCUGGUGCAGUAUAUUUUGAAGACAUUGACAAUGCCAGUGUAGACUUAAUCCCACUUAACCACGUGCAAACUUCAAAGUCUUGCUGUACAAGCACUGCACACACUCCAACUAUCCCUGGAUACACUGGCAAGGUUCAUUGAUCAGCAACUCACCCGGGAAAUUCUAAUCUUCCAUCAACAACCCCAUCAGUAAUUGCACGAAUGCAUGGAUAUAUAGCAAAACGUGGAGGCUUGUCUCAGUAUAAGCACCAAGGACUUUUUUCUCAAAUGUUUGCUCCAGUUGGUCCUCAGAAUUCUUUCAACAAGGCAGAACAAGAAACCUUUACAAUUUAG